AACAAACGAUCACGGAAGUAGCAAACCAAUUUCCUCUGGCGUUUUGUGGCAGCAAACGGGCGAGCCGAUUGGCAUUACGUCACUUCCUGAAGUUAUUUCCAUUUGUUUGUUGUUUCGAGAGCAAGCAGUAACCUGCUUCGUUACUUACCACAAUAUCCUCAGUUUUAUCUCAAUGUGAUUUAAAGUGUGUUUUUUUCCCACUAGUAAAAAAAAAAAAUUGAAGAAAUUGCCUACUCUUAAACGUAUGUUUUGUGGAGCGCUUACCAAACGUGUUGGCGUAAGCAAAGACAGGAAAACGUGCUCCUUGCGGUCAGAAGUAGUUGGCCGGCUAACGAAAGCUAGCUAGUUUUUACUUAAUUGGCUAACUAUUGUUAGCUACCUGGGUCCUGGUAGCAUUAGUGUUGGUUUGUUGGGAGAAUCUCUCGAAUGCAAAAAUAAUGGAGUGCUCUCACCUAAGCCUGAAUAUAAGCUGUACCACUGAUUCACCCAGAUUCCCCAAUGGCACACCGUCGUCCUGGUGUUGCAAUGUGUGCAGGUCUAAUAAGAGUCCUUGGAUCUGCCUUACCUGUUUGAUGGUGCAUUGUGGGCGAUAUGUGAAUGGACACGCGAAGAAACAUUUUGAGGACAACCAAGGUCCUGGCUUUUGUCAAAGGAAGGGUGACAGGCAGGAGAAGGAGAAAACCCAGCAUUCUCUGUGCAUGGACUGUAGCAGCUUCAGUGUAUUUUGUUACAGAUGUGAUGACUUUGUUGUCAACGACACGAAGCUUGGACAGGUUCAGAAGCUGAGGGAGCAGCUACAGAGUUUAGAAAAUUCUUUACUUAUGGGAGACCGACAGAGGAAAAGGAAGUUUCAGGAAAACUCGGCUUCAGAUGGAAAGCUAUUAAAAGACGGUGAAAAUGUGGCUCUAGGUGCAACAGGUCUGCGGAAUUUGGGCAACACGUGCUUCAUGAAUGCCAUUCUGCAGUCUCUCAGUAACAUCGAGCAGUUCAGCUGUUACUUUAAAGAGUUGCCUGCAGUUGCUCUGCGCAGUGGUAAGACUGCAGGAAGAAGGAUGUACCACACCCGCAGCCAAGGGGACAACAGUGUGUCUUUGGUGGAGGAGUUCAGGAAAACUCUCUGUUCUUUGUGGCAAGGAAACCAGACUGCCUUCAGUCCAGAUUCCUUGUUCUAUGCCAUUUGGAAAAUCAUGCCAAGUUUCAGAGGCUACCAACAGCAGGAUGCCCAUGAGUUCAUGCGCUACUUGCUGGAUCAUCUCCACAGGGAGCUUCAGUACAGCCGCAACGGGGCGUCGCACCCAGUCUCUCCUCAGGAUGGAGUCAGACUCUCAUCUGCUGAGGGAAAAUGUUGCACAAACGGGGCUCCCAGUGUCGUCACAUCUAUUUUUGGUGGUUUACUUCAAAAUGAAGUGAACUGCUUGAUUUGUGGAACAGAAUCCCGGAAGUUUGAUCCAUUUCUUGAUCUGUCCUUGGACAUUCCCAGUCAGUUCAGACAAAAGAGAAGCAAAGACCAGGAGCCAAGCCCAACAUGCACCCUGCGUGACUGCCUAUACAGCUUCACUGAUCUGGAAGAACUUGAUGAGACAGAGCUGUAUUAUUGCCAUAAGUGUAAAAAACGGCAGAAAUCGACAAAGAAAUUUUGGAUCCACAACCUACCUAAGGUUUUAUGUCUGCACCUAAAGCGAUUCCACUGGACGGCCUUUUUGAGAAACAAGAUUGACACUUAUGUGGAGUUCCCACUGAAAGGCCUGGACAUGAGGGGCUACUUACUCGAGCCAGAGAAUUCCUUACCAGGGAGUUGCCUGUAUGACCUUGUGGCUGUUGUGGUCCAUCAUGGAUCCGGGGUUGGAUCGGGGCAUUAUACAGCAUAUGGCAGCCACGAGGCCUGCUGGUAUCACUUCAAUGACAGCACAGUGACUCUGACCAAUGAGGACACGGUGAGGAAGGCCAAGGCCUACAUACUCUUCUAUGUGGAGAGGACUGCUGAAGUUCCCUCAGACAAGGUUGCCGCAGACGGGGCGGCGACGGGCGAUCCUGACGUGGACGAGGCACCGACACACAGUGUUUCAUUUGAAAUGAACCCUCAGGCCAACAGUGCAGCAGAUUCGGCACAGACAGACAUGGCUUUAACGGACGCAACUGCUGCACACAUUGAUACUUUGGAGGAGGAAUGUGCCAAGCCAUGGCAGGUUUAAAGGAGGCUCCAACAGAAGAGCCGAGCUUAGAUCAGACUGGAACAGAGGAGACCCUCCAAGUUCUAAAGACGGUUGCACCAUGAUUCUGUCAGACUUCACUGAAUUAUGUCACUUUGGUUUUUCCUAAACCACAUUUUAAGGUUUUUUACAGUAUUUUAUCAUUGUCAUAGUUAAUCUUCCAGUUUAAUGUACUGCAUCUCUUGUGUUUAUUGCUUAAAAAAGAAAAACAUGUUUAACUUGCUGCUUCUAAUUGUUGUUUCUGUUUAGUUUGUCUUUAGAUUUUUUUCUCAAAGACUUCCUCUGCUGAGGUAGAUGUUUGUGUAUUGGAUUUCAAAGGUGAUUGUUAAAGGUAAUUAUGUCGAGACUUAGUUUUGUUAAAUCUCUGUCUGUCCAAUGUGUAGAGGACGGAGUCGUUGUGUCAAAGAGGGUGUUUUUGUAACAGUU